AUGAAUAACCUCAUGGAAGAAGUAGAAGCUGGCUUGGCGUUUCUCGAGAAUUUAACGUCCAACGUGAAGCAAAUACAAGAUGAGGCACUGAAAGAGAUACUUACAAGUGAUGCAAACACAGAGUACCUUCGGAGUUUUCUGCAUGGGAGUUCGGAUAAAGAGCUUUUUAAAAAGAAAGUUCCUAUAGGGACCUAUGAAGAUUUUAAGCCAUACAUCGAGCGUAUCGCGAACGGCGAAUCCUCAAAGAUCAUUUCGGGCAGGCCUAUUACUGGAUUUGCACUUACGUCUGGAACUUCAAGAGGAAAACAGAAAUUAAUACCUUUGAACGACAAGUACUUAGAGACUGCUAGAUUUCUAUUUGAUCUUCGCUACCUCGUAUUAUCCAAGCAUGUCGAGGGUCAUAACGAAGGGAAAGGGUUGCAUCUCAUUUUUCUUAAACCAGGCUCCAAAACUCCAUCUGGUUUGCCAGCUUCAUAUGCUACUACACAUCUCAUGGAAAGUGACUAUUUUUUUAAGAACUUACCAUCAUACUGGGACACUUCGAGCACAAGUGCAAGUGAAAUCAAAUUUUGUCCUGACACUAAGCAGAGUCAAUAUUGUCAUUUUGUUUGUGGCCUUGUCAUGAUAGAUGAAGUUACAAGAGACUCUGUUUCCAUGAUACUUGGAGGACCUAAUCCUAAACUUGCAGAUAUAAUAGAAGACAUAUGCAACCAGAAAUCAUGGAAAGGUAUCGUUCCACAACUUUGGCCCAGAACCAAAUUUAUCGAAUGCAUUUUUACAGGACAGAUGGCUCAACAUAUUCCAUUACUGGAGUUCUAUGUCAAUGAUCUACUUCUCAUUUCUAGAAAUUAUGUGUCUUCUGAGGCCAUGUUUGGGGUAAAUUUGAAUCCUCUAUGCAAACCACAAGAUGUCUCCUACACAUUUCUGCCGAAUAUGUCAUACUUCGAGUUUAUACUAAUUGGUGAAGGAAACGACACCAUUGUUGAUCUAGUGAACGUAAAGUUAGGUUGCUACUACGAACUCGUAGUCACCAAUUAUUCAGGGUGGGUGAUGUUCUACAGGUGA